AUGGCUACGAAAGUUCCAGAAACCUUCAAAAUACCGGAAUACAAAAAAUGCUUGGAGGACGUUUUCGGGCUUGAAAUCGACCGCAUUCUCGAAGACGGGUACCCAUCCAAAGUGAUGCUCGCUUACCAUGCCCAUGACAAGAAAAGACAGAAAGCCAUCAAGUACUACCUUCGUGAUGAGUCAACCGAAGGCAUCGCAGCUACAAGGCAUUUCAAAAUGGAAGCCAAAAUAUUAAGUCUUAUACGUCAUCCUCAUAUCAUGACUAUGGAUUUUUACGGGUCAUUUCCGACCUACCACGCUAUUGUUAUGCCUUAUUACGAAGAAGGAACCAUGACUGCGGUGCUGCAGGAAAUGCAUGAAGGGCUGAUCGACCACUACUGGGUGCAGAUAUGUGCAGCGGUCAAGUACUUGCAUGAUAAUUGUAUCGUUCACAGGGAUAUAAAGACUGAUAAUGUGCUUAUCACCAACAGAAACAACAUCAUCUUGACGGAUUUUGGACUGUCGUGUAUCGUACGGAAGGGUUCGAGCUUGGUCGAUGGCCACAAGGGAACCCCGGGUUUUACAUCACCGGAGAUGGAGCUGAUGAAGCCGUACGACGGGUUUAAGGCGGACAUGUUUUCUAUGGGCGUGGUCUUGUGGUGUAUGCACUUCCGGCAGGACAUCAUGGAACAGAGGCCCAAGGCCAGCUACAUGUACUAUGUCCAGAGGAGCAAGAAACUCAAGAAGAUAGACAGAAAUUUCUUGAUUAACUUGCUGGAACCCAACCCGUCUGCCCGCUGGUCAAUCUACAAGAUGAUCGACUCCCUGACCGACCCCCGGAGAUUUGUGCACAGGGUGGAGAAAUUGAAAGGUCAGAGUUGA